AGUGGGGACAACGUGGGAUCUUUGCAGUGUUUUCUUUUUAUUGUUUAUAGGUGAAGCAUAAUGUAAACAGCUGAUGCAGGCAGUUGAAAAAAUACUACCUAACUUUUUAUUCCCAUAGUAGAAAGAUGGUGUGAUUGAUAAGGGAGUGCAAUGUUAGCAGAGCAGUUGUUUAGUGUAAGCAAAUGUGCAAAAGAAACUAUUCCACCCAAAUUGGAGAAAGAUGAGCAGUUAUACUACCAGACUAACAUAGUUUUCAAUAUCGUUUGAUCUUCAAGUAGAGAAUUUAAUGACUGGAUAUCAGAUUUCCUGUUUUGUUUUUUCCUGCCACCUCAUGAAGCCCCAAACAACUUAGCAAGCUUUUUGAAAUUCAGAAUUCCGAUCUUAUUCCCAAAAAAUCUCCAGAUGGCAACUAUGAACGAGAUUCCAUUUACAUCGUUUGAACUCAUCUGCUUGGGCUCAAGUGUGGCAUUCUCAGGCCUCUUCUAUUAUCUAUACAGAAAGCGAGCAAAGGCAUUGGAGAAGAUUAAAACUGCUCCAAAGAUGUAUCUUGAUGAACAGUUGAUAGCCAUUUUGGAUUCUACACCAGGAAAGUGCCUUCAGUAUGCAGUAAUUGAAGGUGUUGUUCGGCCAAUUGGGCAGCCUCUGCAGAGCCAGUAUCAUGGGCACUUGAAUGGAGUUUUACAGCGACUGUUGUUGAAGGAGCGGCGACUGAUAUGGAACAGCGUGGCAAGGAGCUGGAGUGAAAAUGAGAGCAUCUUGCAUGAACAUGUGAAUAUGGUGCCAUUUGAGUUAAUAUCACAGAAUGGUGGACAUGCAUCAGUCCGUGUAGUAAAUCCUUUGCAAGCCUCUGGACUUCAUUUGGAAACUGUGUUUGAAAAAUUUCAUCAGCCUAACCAUGAUUUCAAGGAUUUACUUAGCCAUUAUCUGACUGGUGAAAAACCGAAGGGUAUCUUAGAAACAGAGGAACUGAUAAAGGUCGGAGCUUCUUUGACUGGAAUUGGAGAACUGGUACUUGAUUCAGAUAAAGUUGUCAAACUGCAACCACCCAAAAAUGGUUCUGAGUAUUUUCUAACACUUGCAGACUACCAGACCCUUGUAGAUGAUCAAAGCUCUGUCAUGAAUUUCUGGAAGAUUCUAACCAUAGCCUGUGGAUUAAUUGGUGCAGUGGUGGUCCUUGUUGUUUUACGCAGAGUAUACCACCUUUUUAAAGAACAGCAAGAAUUAGAGGAGAGGAGACGAGAAUUUGAGCAGAUGAGGCAGGGAAGAGAUGAUCAGCACUUUUUGAAUGAGGAUGAUGAAAUCCCAGAGAAUGCUUGUAUUAUCUGCUUGUCAAAUCCACGACAGUGUGUGUUGCUGGGCUGUGGCCAUGUAUGCUGCUGUUUUGAUUGCUAUCAGGCUCUACCUAGCCGUACAUGUCCUAUUUGUCGAUGUGCAAUAGAGAGGGUGGUACCUCUGUACCAGGCAUAACUACCACAGUCUCAGAGUUUUACAUUUAGACACAAAUUUUUCUGUUGCCUUGCCGUGGUAUUACCUCAAAAUUUUGAUAAUCCAUUCUUUAUCUGUGAAAAUUGUGUUUAAAAAAAUUGUCACAUCUGACAUAUUUAGCCAUUUUGAUGCAUCAGGUUGAAUGUUCAUGCUUUUGCUAAAAAUGAGCAGACUUGAGUAGAGAGAUCAGUUUAUGCUGAGCCAGGUAAAUUGAGCUAUAAGAGUCUUAAUUUUAAUCUUUGUGUCACUUUAUUUGCUUCUUUUAACUCGUACUAAUUUGUUGAUUCUAGUACAGUAAUUAUUUUUUUUUUCAGUUUCUAAAUUUUGAAGUUGUCUGUCUUGAAACUAGAAGAAAAAUCUGAUAUCUGGUUUAUGGAAAAAAAACACUUGAGUCGUUUAUAUUGCUCAAAUUCCAGUUAUAGUUCACCUAUUUAUUCUUCAUUGAGCUUUGAUGGUAAUUUAUGUAUAUAAAUAUAUACUUGAUUGUUUUGCAAAUUUAGUAAGACUUGGUGUUUGAGUUCAUUUGCUGUAACUUUGUCUUUGUUAUAAUUUUGGUAUCCAGAUAGAUUGAUCUUUAUUCACUGGAAACACAAAAUGAUUUAAAGGCAUGUUAUGCAUAUGGUAAUUUUGUCUUCCUUGUAUUGCAGUAGUGGCACCCAUUAUAACCUUUACCAAACUCCCUUCCAUCCCCUUAAAGUAAUAGUGCUUCCAUACAUGUUUCUUGCUUGUUUUUCAUAUGCUGUUUCUUUACCUGUACCAGCCAAGCAUCAAUCCUGUCUCCUCUUGCUCAUUUAUUUCCCAGAGUGUAGACACCAUUUUUCCUGAUGUGUACAAGGUGCAGGAGCCAUCAGAAGAGAGGAGGACAUCAUUCAGGCAGCCACAGAUGGUAUUUGUAAUGUGCUUUAGUCUUUGACUCUGGAGUAUAUCACAGACUUGACCACAAUAGAAACUCAUGAGCAUUCAUGUUUCAGUGCUUGCCUGACUGUGUUUUGGCAUGUACCUACCUAUCAUUGUCUGAAUUCUGCUUGGAUAACUUGCUGUGAAACUCAUCCUCCACUGGGUGUCACUAUAGUAGCAAGACUAGCUGCCCUCUACCCCUGGGAACAGCAGGCUGACAUUGGCUGUUCACCCACAUCCUUUCCCAUUAGCUCCUCCAGCAUCCAGUUCUCUAGUCAGUCCUGGGUCAUCUGGGUUGCAUUAAAGGCUUUAUCUCUCUGGCUACAAACCCUUUCAUAUUUGCCAUGUGAUUAUCUGCCCAAUGCCUCUGAGUUGGGCAGCAUUUUUCAGUUUCUUGCGGUCACUGAAUUACCAGAAAUACAUGUUUUUUCGUCUUCAUCGUGAACCUAAGUCUUGUUAACAUUACUGUAAAUGUAUCUUAGCUCAUUUGUUUUGUAAAAGUACUUAAAAUAUGUCGAUCCUUUCCUGGAGUCUUACCUUUCCACAGUAAAUGUGUUUCAAGUUCUCUCAUUCAUAGAACUUCUGAUUUUUAAAGUGUAUUAUUUUGUUGUUGUAUAAUGGGGUCUGUUUUGAAUUGCUUCUGAAGGAACUGUUGCACUCAAAAGGUGUAACUAUGCACUAAAAAGUGUAAUGAUGUUUCCUACUUUUUUGAAAUCAUGGAAGUCUGCUAACCAUAACACAGGUCCUGAAGUAUUGCAUUUUAAAGUGGUUGCAAUCAACAUAGUGCCUACAGCUGAAAGAGUAGUACUGCACAAACUGUAUAACUGUUUGUCCAUUUGUGGCUUUUCUCUAUCAGUAUUGUAUGCUCAAAAUCAAAUCUUGUGUACACUGCGAUAGUGAAGUUUAAAGGAAAAAAACAUUAAAUGAAAAAUUAGCUGUU